AUGGAAGCGAGCAACCGCCUCAGGCAAGAAGCAGCAGAUCUUCGCAACAACCCAUUUGCCGAUAUUUUUGCCGGACCAGUGAGCGAGGAUCUGCUUAACUGGCGAGUUAUGAUACAGGGACCAGAGAAUAGCCCGUACAAAUAUGGUUUGUUUCACCUACAGGUUGAGCAUGGAGUGGAUUACGCAAGCGUAGUGCCUGACGUUACCUUCAAGACUAAGAUCUUUCAUCCGAUGGUUGAAUCAAGUGGCAAAUUAUGCCCGUGGUGUUUGAAAGAGUGGCUUGUGGAUGUUGGCUUGGUACCUCCGUACAACUUGCGAACUCUCCUUCAAACUUUGAGAAGUUUAUUGGAAAAUCCGUAUUCGUGUCGAUCACACUUAACCACUGAAGUAAGAGAUAUGCAUCAGGUUAAUCCUCAGUUGUUUGAGGCAACCGCCAAGGAAUGGACGGGGCGUUACGCCUGCGAUGAGAGGCAUAUGCGCGCUGGUGGAUGA